CAUUUAAAUUGUGGAGCGUCAUCAUCACGAAAUUCAAACUUUGGGAAGAGACGAGAGAGAAAGACCAGUAUUGCAACAGUGUAUGCCACGUUUUCUUGAAAAGGUCGUGUGAUACCUAGAUGAAAUGGCGCAGUUUGGGUUUGAGAACGACAUCCACAGUAUCUUGAAGCUGGAUAUGCCCAUCACAAACGCUCCCAUGGCGAGGUGGCAGAGAAAGGCCAGCUCAUCCAACACCUCCGGGUUGUCUCCUGGCAAAUCUGGCAAUGUUUCGCAGAGUUUAUCAAAAACUCCGAGCAAAACACCAGGCAAAAAUAAAAAACAAACGCCGUCUAAGAUGGGGGGCGACCGCUUCAUUCCCACCAGAAACAGCAAACAAAUGGAUGUGGCAAGUUUCCUGCUCACGAAGGAGAAUGAGCCUGUAGACACAAACAGUGCUCCUGGAACAUCAGAAAACCAGAAAGCUUGGUCCAUGUCACUGAAUGGAUACAAUAUUGAAGAUGCAAAAAUCCUACACCUUGGAGGGAAGCCGCUGAAUGCUCCAGAAGGCUAUCAAAACAACUUGAAAGUUCUCUACAGUCAGGGUGCAACUCCUGCGUCUCUGAAAAAGACAAGAUACAUAUGUUCAACUCCUGACAAAAUCCUGGAUGCUCCUGAUCUUCGAAAUGAUUUUUAUUUGAACUUGCUUGACUGGAGCAGUCGAAAUGUUGUUGCUGUAGCGCUUGAUAACAGCGUUUACCUGUUGGAUGGUGCAACAGGAAACGUCACUUUUCUAAUGUCACUGGAGAGCGAGGAUGACUACAUCUGCUCUCUGUCCUGGACCAAGGACGGAAGCUACCUAGCUGUCGGCACAAGUGACUGCAAGAUUCAGUUGUGGGAUGUUUACGUCAAUAAGCGUCUACGCAGCAUGGCCAGCCAUUCGGCUAGAGUUGCUAGCAUGAGCUGGAAUGACCAUGUUCUCUCCAGUGGCUCAAGAGCAGGACACAUCCACCAUCAUGAUGUGAGGGUAGCAGACCACCACAUCUACACACUCACUGGUCACUCACAGGAGGUGUGUGGGCUGAAGUGGUCCCCUGAUGGGCGAUACCUGGCCAGUGGAGGCAAUGACAACAUGGUGUACGUAUGGCCCCGUAUAAAUGAGGGCAGUGCCAGCCAGCCAGUCCUCAGCUGGGGUGAACAUCAAGGAGCAGUCAAGGCUUUGGCUUGGUGUCCAUGGCAGACAAAUAUCCUCGCAUCUGGAGGUGGUACCAGUGACCGUCACAUCCGCAUCUGGAAUGUAAACAGCGGCUCCUGCAUCAGUUCACUUGACACUAAGUCCCAGAUCUCAUCAUUGGUGUUUGCGCCCAACUACAAGGAACUGGUCUCUGGUCAUGGAUAUGCCCACAACAAUGUUGUUAUCUGGAAGUAUCCUGCUCUCACCAGGGUGGCAGAGCUUAAAGGGCAUGAGGACAGAGUUCUGAGUUUGGUUCUGAGCCCAGAUGCCGCCACUAUGGCCACUGUUGCUGGAGACGAGACUAUCCGUCUGUGGAAGAGCUUUGAGGUGGAUCCUCUUAAGAAGAAGGCCAAAGAGAGGCUAGUCAAAUCAACUAGCAGUGCCAUUCAUCAGUCCAUCAGAUAAUUAAUGCCUUUUUUUUUUUUUUUAAAUCAAUGUUGAAUGAGUUAAAGUUUUAUUUAAUCUACAAUAAAGAUAUCUACAGUGUUUUUGCUGUAACUGGCAACUUUCUGCUCCUGUAGGAUGUAUUGAAUUGUUAGCCUCUUGUUUAUACACUUGUAUUGCUAAUUUGGUGAAGUAAAAUGGUGACUGUUGGUUUUUAAGCUAUACUGUUUAAAGUGUAUUUAUGACUUUCACUUGGAUAUUUUAUAGUUUGGAUGCAUUGUAGACAGCCAACUGGGUUUAAAUAAAUGAUUUGCUUACCACUUAGGCUGUUAAUUUUUUUUAUUGAUGCUAUUGAAUUACAAACUGGAGAACUUGAUAACAAUUCAGAUGCUGUGAUAAGUCAUAACGUUAAUCUCCACUGGUGCCUAAUCCUAAAUGAAGGAUGUAAUUUUAUUUUCCUUUGCUCUCAGUCAAUGUAAUAACACAAAACUGACUGUUUCAAGGUAGUGUGCGACCAGGGGAGUUAUGUAGGCCACAUACAAAUAAAAUGCAUUGCCAGAC